AUGCGCCCUGCCACGCCCAAGGAGGACGGUCUUGCUCAUCGCGAGAAGUCUGAUACUACAAAGGCUUCUCCUGCUUUGCGAACUGGCACACCGCGCGUCGGAACUCCUCGCACCGGGACACCCAGAACCAGUACCCCUAGAGGGAAAACAGCCACGGGCAGCGCAUCCAAGAGAGCCGAAGACGAAAUCACACUGGCCGACGACACUCCCGCGGAAGGCGACGCUACUGAGCCAAACGGUGCCCCGAACGGAGUCGCCAACGAAGCAAAAGCCGAUCCUGGGUUCGAGGAGAGAGAGGUCGAUGUCCUUGUUGAACACCGCGUCGACGAAGCUAAUUCCAGCGUCGACAUCCGAGUUCUUUGGGAUGGAGGAGAGACUACAUGGGAGUCAGAAUGGAGACUCCAGGAAGAUGUACCCGCCAUGGUGUUCAAGUACUGGGAUAAGCUCGGCGGUCGUGAUGCUGCCACAAAGCUCGAUGUUUAUCAUGUCUUCAAGAUCUUGAGACGUGACCCCAAACAGGCCAAGAAGUACGAGGUCCAAUGGGUCGGAUACCCCCAGAACGAUAGUACCUGGGAGAAGGAGGAGCUUCUGAGCCGGAUUGCUCGGGCUGAGCUCGAGAAGUUUAAGGCCAAGGACUUGUUGGACAGCUCCAACGGGAAGCGCAAGGGCGCGCGAGGUGUUGGCCGACCUCGUAAGAGGCCUCGUUCGGAGGACUAA